AUGGCCUCGCUCAUCUUCUCCACUCUGCUGCUGGUGGUUCUUGUCACCGCCGUGGUGAUCGGCAGCACGGCUCGCGGAGACGACGGUGGCGACGCCCUCACCGCCGGCUUCACCCGCGUGCUGAUGACGGAGACGAGGUUCGUGGUGCAGAGGCCCUACAACGUGCCUCUGGACGAGCGCUACGAGUUCGCCGGCGGCGUGCGCCGGAUGUGGGUCUACUCCAGCGACAAGCCCUUCAACCGGACCCUCCCUGGCGCCGCGCGCACCGAGACCAAGAUCAACAAGGAGUACAGCUCAGGCGUGUGGCAGUUCGAGGGCGAGGUGUACGUGCCGGCGGGCACGACCGGCGCGUGCGUCAUGCAGAUCUUCGGGGCGGCGCCGGAGCCGCAGGAGACGACACUGAUGCUCCACGUCUACAACGGUAGCCUCACCUUCUACCACGACCUGCACAGGGUGCUUGCCCAGAACAUCUACGGCCGGUGGAUCAGGCUUAAUGUCAUCCACGACGUGGCUGCACGCAAUGUCACCGUGUUUGUCGACGGCGACCUGAGGCUGCGCUCAGGCGGGCACGGCGCGCCCGGCGCACUGCACUACUUCAAAUUCGGGGUGUACAAGCAGUCGCACCACCACCCGUCAUACCUCAUGGAGUCGCGGUGGAGGAACGUUUCGCUCUUCACCAAGCCAUGA